GCUGCGCGCUGGUCGAAGCGCUCCCGGAAGCAAUGUGCUGAGCUCGCGCCACGUCUCUCCAGGGGGCUCCUCCCAGCUCCCUGCUGUCUCUGUCUUCCAGCCGGGGAUCAGCGGACCAGGCCCAGAGCAUCAUGGGCAACAAAGGUCCGCGCGCUUCAUCCUUCCAGAUGCUGCUGCUGCUGCUUCUGCUCCUGAUCCGGGCCGAGCGACUGUGGGGCGCUGAGCUCACCUUCGAGCUGCCGGACAAUGCCAAACAGUGCUUCCACGAAGAGGUGGAGCAGGGCGUGAAGUUCUCUCUGGAUUACCAGGUUAUCACGGGAGGCCACUACGAUGUGGACUGCUAUGUGGAGGACCCCAUGGGAAACGUCAUCUACAGGGAGACCAAGAAGCAGUACGACAGCUUCACGUACAGGACGGAGGUCAAGGGCGUUUAUCGGUUUUGCUUCAGUAACGAGUUUUCCACCUUCUCUCACAAGACCGUCUACUUUGACUUUCGAGUGGGUGAUGAGCCCCCCAUUCUCCCAGACAUGGGGAACAGGGUCACAGCUCUCACCCAGAUGGAGUCUGCCUGUGUAACUAUUCACGAGGCCCUGAAGACUGUGAUCGACUCCCAGACACAUUAUCGCCUGCGAGAGGCCCAGGACCGAGCCCGAGCUGAAGACCUUAAUAGUCGAGUGUCUUACUGGUCUGUAGGCGAGACCAUCGCCCUAUUUGUGGUCAGCUUCAGCCAGGUGCUACUGCUGAAAAGCUUCUUUACAGAGAAACGACCCAUUAACAGAACAGUCCACUCCUAACUGUGCAGUCCAUGCCACAGCCCCUCAGACCCUGGGGUCUCAGGUUUCUGCAGGGGUGGGAAGGUGACACAGGGUGAAAGGAGAGCUGCAGGGAGAACAGAGGCCACACUUGGUCGUGUGUGCACACAUCUGAUCCUUGCACUCCAGCAACUGAAGCUCACAGAGCUCAAUAAUCUGAUUGUAUUGUGUUUGUAACAUUAACCAAAAAUGUUUAUGGGUCAGCCUAGGGAUUGGCCACUAUGGUGCAAUGAUCCAGUAUCCGGUCUGUGGGAGAACACAAGUACAUAGGCUUCCAGGGCAGCUUAGGGUUCUGCCACUGCUCCAUGAUACCUGGGUCAUUAGGUUGUUGUAUAGGAGGAGGAGAAAGGAACUCUGAGUUUGUGUCCUCUUCCAUCUGGAGAAAUAAACUGAGUUCUGACCUUCCCAUGAUGGGCCUCUCUGUACCUGAGCAAAGCAGGUCUAGCCUGGAAGCAGUAGGGUCAGCCAUUCAACCAGGAUUCAAAGGGAGAAUGCGUGCCCUUGGUGAUCUGUGUCUCUUGGAGGCAGAACUGUGCUAAUAAAAACCAAAAUUUGAGCACUCUA